AUGCACGACUCGAACGGCGUGUCGAGCGUGGCCGUUCGCAUUACCAGUGGACCUACUCUCGGUGCGCCUGGCCUCUAUGCCGGUCGCGGCUAUGACUAUGGUUGGGUCGACUCCUGUUGCAUCGACAAGACGAGCUCUGCCGAGCUCUCCGAGGCAAUCAACUCGAUGUUCGUUUGGUACAGUAAGGCUGACGCCUGUUAUGCGUACCUAUCGGAUGUCAACAGCGCGUCCAAGAACUCGGAGCAAGAGUUCCGGGAUAGCAGGUGGCACCGACGCGGAUGGACGCUCCAGGAACUCAUCGCACCUCGAGCGGUCGAGUUCCUCUUCAACGAUUGGGAGACGACGCGCGCGGAGGACAAGGCGUAUUCCUUGUUCGGUAUAUUUGGCGUCCAUUUGCCCGUCAUAUACGGCGGGGGAGGUAAGCACGCGUUCUUACGCCUCCAAGAGGAAGUCUUGCGGAAGAUUCCUGACCAGUCCAUCUUUGCCUGGGGGCUCCGUUCACUCCACUCCACCGACAUUCUCACGUUCCCUGCCUGGUCAACGUACAGCUAUGCGCCCAGGGAUACAUCCACAUCCCCUGGAGCCGCCUUCCUCGCUACAAGAGACCACGGCCUCCUCGCAUCCUCCCCAGGUGAUUUCCAGGGCUUGUCGAGUCUCGUGCCCCUCCUAAGAGGAGCAUUCCAUCGCAAGCUAGGCUACAUCCUCGAUACACCCCUAUCUAUGUAA